AUGGCUAAGCAGCUACCGUCGGAGUCUUCCUCAAAUGGAGUCAGCAGGUAUCACAACGCAUCACCAUCUGACCAGGCCAGUGCCCGUGAAUUGCAUCGGCUAGUAACGGAAGCCGCAGGCACCCGCUUAGUCAACGUGACAGUGAACUUGACGCUGAAUGACCACGAGAUGAACAGCUCUGCCACGCACGCUCCAUUGAAACUGGAAGAGGGCGUCUCCGCCGACGAGGCAGGAACGGCCAGAUUUAUCUCUGUUCCAGGCACCAACGUUAUUUCCCCAGAGUCUGCAACCGUUGCAAUUCUCGAAGGCCUUGUUGUUGCCCUGGAACGUGAAAAAGCAUUAGAUGGCGCCGGCACUCCUCCGCUCCCUCGUGCGCGGGGGACUGCUUCUCAACGGCGAGCAAGGUUUUCCACAAAGAAGAAGGAACUGCACCGAAGCUGGACCGCCGCCGCAAGCAGACUUCUCGUCGGUGUGGCGAUGGCAGUUAUCGUGACCACCUCUCUAAGAAAAUUUGCACUGUGUAUGAACGAUGACGUCGCCGAUAACGUCAUCUUUAAUGAGGCCAGCGAUGGGAACCUGCCUGACAUAUCCCCGCAUGUUUUCCACUUCGGCGAUUUCCCUAGAUUUCAACCGCGCAUUGUUCCACUCCUACCCUUAGAAGAUGGGGAAGAGAAUUCAGGAACCGCGCAGGGCUACGAAAAAGAUUUUCUGCAUGCAGAAUCAAUCGAUGACUUCAAGAAACGAGAAGCGAGAUUCCGUCAAAGAUAUUGCUCACGGUUUGCCGUUGUGAGCACCGAAACAGCUGGUUUUUCGGCUCGCGUGCCCGAGUCCAUGGUUACAGCCUCCCCUAUGCAGAAUCAUCCUGAGACAACGGGUUUUUUUGGGAUUCCAGUUACCCGCCGCAGCCUAUGGAGGAAUCUUGUUCAGAUAAAAGAAGGAUCGUCAGACCCUCUGAGCGUAGUCCUGGACCUAAUUAUUCUGGGGGCCUUGCUUCUUUCGCUCGUUCGGUAUACAGAGGCCGACCAUGGUACACCGGCUGUGCCGCCGUCUCUCGAUUCCCCUGCAGUCAGCGCUUCUCCAGGCAUGAAGGACAAACAAGAAAAAUGA